AAAGAUUGGGUUUGGAUCAACACCUCACAGCCUACACCAAGAUAAAUUCAGAAUGGGUGAAUGACUUGAACAGAAAGAAGGAAACUUUUAAGAAAAUUAGGCGAACACAGAAUAGUGUACAUUUCAGACAGACAGAGCAACAGAGAGAGGGAGAGUAGGAGGGACCGAGAGAUGGAGAGAUGGAGAGGAGAGACAGAGGGAAGGAGGGACGGAGGGGCGGAAGGACGGAGGGACGCAGGGACGCAGGGGCAGGGGUGGAGAGACGGAGAGACGGAGAGACGGAGAGAGGCUGGUCCUCUCCCCAGAAGGUCCGCCACUUGAAGACAAGUAUCUGCUUGUUCGCCCAGCCCUGGCGCCCAGUAGGUGUUUCACAAGUGAGCGUGGAUGACCCCUUCAAAGGCAGAGAAGAGGAACCAAAGGCUCAGGCAGUUUGGGGACCCGAACAGCCCGCUGGGGCUGAGGGUGCUGGGAAUGGCCUGUCCCAAGAGGUUGGAGGAGGCCCGGGACUCGGGCCCAAGAGGAGAAAGCGGCCUGUGGGUUCGCAGGCGCAGCUCAGGCUGCCAGGAAUGGGGGAAGGGCGAGGAGAGCCAGGAGGGCUGCCACAGGGGGCCCUCGGAGGACGCCCACAGCCGAGGCCCGGGAGGGGGCAGGUUCUCUCUUGAACCCAGAGACCUGGAAGCCAGAGAAGUCCCUGGGACGGCUGGAGCGAGUGGGCAGAGAAGAUGGGCCCCGGGGGGAGCCACAGGAACGGGGAAGGGAGGGAGAGAGGGAGGGGCACGGCGGAGAGUUUGAGAGGCUCGGGCCUGACCACGUCCAUCUGGUCUAACCGCUGAAGAUGAAGCCAAAGACCCUGAGAAUAUCAAGGGGGUGGGGGGGGCGAGGCGCGAGGGCGUUGCCAUGGAAACCAGGCGAAGGGGGGUGCAAAGGUGUGGGGGGGGCGGGAUGCGGCGGAGGAAAGGCCAGGGGAGCUGGCCGCCCUGAGAGCCGCCCGGGCACUUAGCUACAGUGGCCGGCGGCCGCAGAAGAGGGGCGGCACCCGCUGCGGGGGCUCAAGGGCCCAGGCCUCCCCGAAUCCCGGGGGCUCUCCCUUUCUGGCUGGGAGUGGAAUGGAGUCCCUCCUACCUAGAGAUCUCAAAGCAGGGACUGGAAGACUGCCGGCGGGCACCAGCAGGGUUGGUGGGACAGCGCGGGUGAGGGUACCAGGAUCGAGAGAGCGCGAUGAGCAAUCAUUCGACCCCGCCCUUCGACCCUCGCUUUCCCUACCAGAACCUGACCCGCAACUGCUACCAGAACUUCCGGGACUUUCACCGCUGUACCAAGAUCCUGAAGAGGCCCGGCAAGGACUCGAGCCCCUGCGACUACUGCCGCAAGGUCUACCACUCCCUGUGGCCGCUCAGCUGGGUGAGGAUGGGGGGGAAGGGGCGGGGCUGCGGAGGGGCGGGCCCAGGUUCUGGAGGGCCGCCUGCCUCAGUCCCUGCCUGCCUCCCCGUAGCUGCAGCGCUGGACGGACCAGAUCCGGGAGGGGACGUUCCCCGGGAAGAUCUGAGGGGCCCCCCGAAAAAUCCUCGCAGCCGGCAGGCUUAACAAGAAGACUUUUAUUAAAAAACCAGUUGCAAACUGCCCGUCA